CCAUGAUGCAGCACCCUUCGAGCUUCAUACACUCUGCUUUGUCUCGUCGAGAAAGAAUUUCGGAACAACAGGACCAAGGACAGCCAUAGCCCCUUCUCAUCACCUGCUGGCCCGCAAGCUACGAGCGAUAUCUUAUAGCACUUAACUACUACACAGUACUGGUCUCCAUAUGGUCAUUCUACCCACCUCUACGCCCAACAAUACUCACUCACAGAAUCACAUUUUCAAAAGAUCGAGUGAAAACUCCAAACGUCAUCAACAUGUCGAACGAGUCGUCUGAAGGGACUGAUGCGGAUCCUUGGGCGGUACCCAAAUUUACCGAGGGCACCAACGUCUCCCGCGACAUCCCCAGAGUGAAACCCCCAAUCAUCAAAUCCGUGGAAAGAACGAGUGCAGUACACCGUGCCUAUCGCAAUGACAUCACCAAGUUCUUCUUCAAGUGGCGCCGCCGUGGAAACGAUUCUCCCAGCGAGUGGGAUGGGGCAACCAUGGCCCGCCGAGUCAAGGCGCGCAUCAACAAAAUCCCCAUCAAAUCUUCCUGGAAAGGCCCCGGGAAUUACAGCGGUCUCAUCCGGCGUAGUAAGAAAAAGAUAGCGGAUUGGGGGAGUGGUGGACCACGAGAUAAGGAGCCCUGGGCAAUGGCCAGAAGUAAAUGGCUGGCAAACCAGUUUCGGCGCAUCAAAAUGCGCCACAUAAAGACUCUGGGCUGGGGCGGCCUCGGUGUUGUCAACCUCUUUGAGCAAGAACGCCCAGAUGGCCAGGUCAUCAAAGUCGUGUGCAAGAUAGACAUCGACAGCGGCAAGGGCUACCUUAGGUACGAGAUCGAAGCCCACAAGGGGACUGCCGGAGCUAAGCAUAUCUCACAACGCAUCCCCCCCGGUUAUUUUGCGCGACCCAACGGCCAGCCUAUCCAACCGGCCCCCGGUACUGUGCCUUCGUCCACCAGAAGGUCGUUCGGCUCGGACUUGAUGAUGAUGAUGAGCAGCGGCGACGAGGCCAAGAUGGGGAAGGGUAAAAGACCCGAUCAAUCGCUCGAUGCUCCUGCCCUUUGGGACACAAAUGAGGUCUUGUUCCUCGAGUUUAUGAGCCGCGGGGAUCUCCGCAAAAUAGUCGCAAAAAUUGCCGCUGGUCUUAGCACGCACGGCAACCUUCCACCACUUACUCUUUGGCAUAUUUUCGGCAAUCUCUUCAAGGGCGUUGUAGGGCUGGCGUACCCGAGAGUAUUCAUGCCAGAGGAGUACAAGACCCCAUAUAUGAGCGACGAAAUUGUGCCCCAAGCAUCCGAAAGCUGCAUGCCCUUGCCCAAACUGACACCAUACUGUUCGUAUAAAACCCUUGUCCACUUCGACCUCGAUAUGAGCAACGUCCUGGUCGGGGACUAUGAUAGUUUCGAACACAACGCCACUCCGAUAGCCAAGAUUGCCGACCUCGGCCUGUGUCACCCCUUUUUGGGCAACCAUGACUCACCCGGGUUUCGUUGGUCGUGCCGCAGGCGAGGCAAGAGAAGCAUCUUCGCGCCCGAACAGUUUACCGAGGAGUGGGACUACGUCAAGGACGGCCCGCUCGAAUCCGGCGCCAAGACGGCGGGCAACUACAACUGGUGGACGAAUCUCUACCAGGUCGGCAUCAUCAUGUACUCGCUCAUCACGCUCUGCGAGUUCGAGGUGCCGCCCACGCCGAACAUGGCAGAGGUGAGAUACCCAGACGGCUCAGAGAAGGAGGUGUGGGGAUACGGUAUGGACCUACUCGUUUGUGGUUACAGUCACAUCGAUUUUGACUUGGUGAACGCCGUUGCUGCGUGUCUCUGUCAUGAUCCGGCGGACAGGCCAGAUCUGCACGACCUGGAGACGUUGAUAAGGACCAAGGUAACGUCGCAGCCGCCUGAUGGUCCGGCGACGAAGCAAGCGAGGGAUUGGGGCAGGCGGUACUUUGAGGGGGCGCCACCGCCGUGGUAUCAGCCGGCGACGACGGGGAGGGAGAGACUCAAGCUUUGGCAGAAGCCUGCCCCUGGAGGUGGUGGUGGGGGUCCGCCUAUACCGCCUGCAGUCAGACAGCCUGGCGUUCAAGCUGGAUUGGCGCAGCAGCGUACGACUUCACUCGCGACUUCUAUGAGACAAAAGCAUGCUGCAGCCGGAAGAGGGCAGCAGCGUGCGGCUUCGGGUGCAGUUCCUCCGGGACAACAGUCUCGGUUCCCAGCCGGGAGAGGCCAGCAACCUUCGGUGCAAGCUGGAUGGGGACAGCCUCCUAUGGCUCAGGCUGGGAGGGGACAACAGCCUCUAACUCAAGCAGGAAGAGGGCAACCGCCCCAAUUCCCAGCUGGAAGAGGACAUAAGCGUGCGGCUUCGGCGGCAAGGGGUGCGGGACUACAGCCCGGAUUUCAAGCUGGAAGAGGUCAGCAGCCUGGCUUUCAAGCCGGAAGAGAUCAUCAGCGUGCGGCUUCGGGUGCAGUUCCUCCGGGACAACAGGCUCGGUUCGCAGCCGCGAGAGGCCAACAACCUUCGGCGCAAGCUGGAUGGGGACAGCCGCCUCAAGCUCAAGUUUCCGCUACAGCUGACAGGUGGCGACAGGCUGGGUUUCCAACCGGAGGGCAUCCUCCGGCUACGGGUCGAACUUCCCGAACCCAUUUUCAAGGACCCUCUGGAUUUUCGACUAGAAAGGGAGGUUAA